AUGACUUCAGAUUCACCAAUCACUUUGUUCCUUCAACCUUUGGAUGUUGAUAUUAAUAAGAUUCAUGCAUUAGCUAAGAGUCUUUGUGAGACGUUUAAGAAGUUGGCAAAGGAAUCCACAAAUCAGUUUUUGCAAACUCCUAUCUCUGAAGAAGUGUUAAGACCAGAGAAGGAGAAGGAGGGAAGAUAUUUGGCAAUCGAUAUCGGAGGUUCAAAUUUGAGAGCUGGAUUUAUUGAACUUUCCGGAUCGUCUACUGAAGGUGGUGUGGUAUUGCCAGGCAAAAUCAAUAGACUACUUGAAAAGUCAUGGCAAAUUGGUGAAGAUCACAAAUCGAAUAAUGCGGAUGAGCUCCAAAAUUCAUUGUCAGAAGCAAUGUUGAUGUCAAUGGGCAAGGGAUUUGCUAUAACCUCAAAUCUCAACCUUGGUCAGCAGCUCCUAAAAGGCUACGAAAUAUCAGCUGCAUCAUCCAAGCCCCAUCUUCCCCGCAUCAAAAUAACCGCCAUAGUGAAUGAUUCCGUGGCAACUCUAAUAUCAUUCGCCCAUCAACAUCGAAAUACACCUCACCAAAAGGCCUCCAUGGGUCUCAUCGUCGGCACUGGCUGCAAUGCCACUAUACCCCUCUCAAUCUCCAAGCUCCAUUCCACCAAACAGCCCUCCGCCAUCCUCAAAUCCGACGAUCACAACCGAAACGACACCAAAAUCAUCAUCAACACAGAAUGGUCUAUCAACGGCACCGCUUCUCCCCUCCGCGACCUUAACUUCAUCACAAAAUGGGACACUAUUCUCGACGUCAACAGCGAAGCCCCAGGUUUCAUGCCCUUCGAAUACAUGACGGGCGGCAAAUACCUCGGUGAACUAGGCCGUCUCAUAAUCCUCGACUAUUUCACCACCCAACUCCAGCUACCCAUCGAGACAAUUCCUCCUGUUCUCCGCAAACGUAAUGCACUGGAUGCAAGUAUACUUGCCAAAGUAGGAAGAGAAGACCAACUAUGUCAGCCACUCGAUCUCGCAAUCCCAUUCCCAGUAGACUCAAAAACCGGCAAACAGAAAAAAUGGACCCCCGAAAUGGCAGACAUCGUAGUACAAAUAGCCAAAACGAUCCAAAAACGCGCAGCAGGCAUGCUAGCAGCCGCAAUAAUCGGCCUCCUAACCACAGCCAACGAAAUCCAACUAUCCUCCUCCCACACAAGCCCCCAAGAAAGUCCCCAAAACACCAAAACCAUCCAACCCCACGAGGAUAAAAUCUCAGAACUCCUCGUAGGCUACACCGGCUCCUGCAUCUCCCAUUUCCAAGACUACCUCGCAGAUUGCCAGGCUUAUCUCGAAGAUAUCAUGCGCAAGGAACACGGUCCCGAUAAGGGCGGAAAGAGAAUCGUGCUCGAGGCUUGUAUGUAUGGUAGUAUUAUUGGAGCGGGCAUUUUGGCGGGCACGGUAGAGUGUAUGGAGGAGGAGAGAAAGAUGUGCGGUUGA